AGUUUCACUCUGCUAUGGUGCAUGCUCGCUAGUGGGCCGAGGGCAGCGGGUUUGACGUCCGCAGCCGUUUCCGGGAAGAUGGCGGCGUGGAGAGCGGCGCUGGCUGCGGCAGCCCGGCGCUGCCGGGUGUCCGGCCUGAAGGCGCCCCGGGCGCGGCAGCGUGGUCCUCGCCCUUGGACGGCUGCGGCGGCGGUGGCGGGCGGCGGCUGGCUGGCGGCGGGCGGCGCCUGGCGCGGGGCGAACGGACUCUUGGCGGUGGUGGCUCAGAAGGAAGAUGUUGCUGAUGAGGAAAUGGCAGAAAAAUUGUCUAUUCGAAAACAACGCUUUAUGCAUUUUGCAUCAUUGGAGUAUAAUGGAGAAUAUUACAUGACACCAAGGGACUUCCUGUUCUCGGUGAUGUUUGAUCAAGUUGGGCGUAAAUCUUCAGCCAAGAAACUGACAAAAAAGGAGGUAGAUGCUGCACUGGCAUGUGUUACAAAAGCUAAACCAGGACCAACCUUUUUUAGAGACCUUGGCGAUAAAGGACUGAUCUCAUAUACAGAGUACCUGUUUUUGCUGACAAUCCUCACAAAACCACAGUCUGGAUUUCAUAUUGCAUUUAAAAUGCUGGAUACUGAUGGCAAUAAACAUGUAGAGAAGAAGGAAUUCUUUAAGCUACAGAAAAUCAUUGGGAAGCAUGAUGACUUCAAAACAGCUGCUGGAGAUGAAGCAAUAUUGCAGAAGCCAGAGCUGGAAGACUCAGAUGUUAAUACAAUGUUGCUGGUACACUUCUUUGGAAAAGCAGGAAAGGACAAACUUCACUAUUCUGAAUUUUGCAGAUUUAUGGAAAAUUUACAAACAGAAGUGCAAGAAAUGGAAUUCAUACAGUUUUCAAAAGGCAUGAACUUCAUGAGAAAAGAGGACUUUGCAGAAUGGUUACUAUGUUUCACUCAUGAGGAAAACAAUGAAAUUUACUGGAAUAAUGUGAAAGAGAGAAUCCAGGCAGGAGAGAAUAUCAGUUUGGAAGAAUUCAAGACUUUUUGCAAGUUUACAAACCAUUUGGAAGACUUUUCUAUUGCAAUGCAAAUGUUUACAGUAGCCAGUCGUCCUGUUAAACGGGCUGAGUUUAAGAGAGCUGUGAAAGUGGCAACAGGACAGGAGCUCUCUGAUAAUGUCUUGGACACUGUUUUCAAGAUAUUUGAUUUGGAUGGAGAUGAUUGCCUUAGCCAUGGCGAGUUUCUGGGAGUUCUGAAGAACAGGAUGCAUCGAGGCUUAAGGGUACCACAACAGCAAGGUGUGCAAGGAUACUGGAAAUGUGUGAAAAGAGAAAGCAUUAAAGGAGCAAAAGAAGUCUGGAAACAAACUGGGAGAAGUCCUUUUUAAAGAGAGAUCUUUGUUCUAUUGCUAUAAAUUUUGGGGUUUGGGGUUUUUGCAUACAUUGUUUACAUACUGGCUAAAUCAUAAUUUUUAUGCAAUUUAAAUAUUUAAGCAGUCCAAUAUUUGAUGCGGUAAUCUUACAGUAUUUUUUUGAAUAAUCAGAUUUGAUUCUGUUAGCACUUCUGACUUCCAUACAAAAAGAUGGUAAUUCCAGGAAAAGCUGAAGUUUACAAAAAUGGGCAUCGGCAAAAUUCCUGUGUGGAACCUGACUCCGUAUUCUAGCUUAGGGGCGUCUGAGUUAGUACUGGUCACUUGAUGAUUGGGCUGAACACAUAAUUUCUUAGUCAGAGGUAGGAAGGUCUUCUCACUCAGCCAAACUAUGGCAAUGUUGGCCUAUCAGAAUGUAGGCAGCCCUUUCCCCUUACAAGGAUUAGAGUAACAACAGCUCAAUGUUAUCCAUGCAGUCUCUCUGAGACCAGUGUUGGUACUGCAAAGAAAGCUCAGCCAUAUUGUUUAGUGUGUUGUCACAAUUGCUUGUAUGUUUGGUGCUGGUAAUGAAUAAAUGUACUUUGUAUGCUCUCAUGCUAAUAGAAUGUAGAGAUCUUAAUCCAAACUGGAAAUAUUAGACUGUUUGUACAGACCUUGAAAUCUGUAAGCUGGUUUGUGAAAGUGCUUUAGACUCUUUACGGUUUCCUCAACAAAUAGAAUAAAUUAGAAAAUUAGGAGCAAAGACCCUCAGUUGAACAUUGUAUCCCAAAUUGCUUAUGAUAGUCAUUAAUCAUUUGGCUUGAAUCAAAACUCAAAGGGUAAAUGUUUAACUAGGAGAGUGUUACCUUUGUUCUGUCUGCUUCCUACAAUUAUUUAAACAGUUUCUUAACAAAGGUGUGAUAGGAGGCCUACAAUAUCUCAGGAUCCCAAAGUACCAGAGCAAAAUAAGUCCAGAGGGAGAUAAAAUUAAAAUGUAAGUCUUGAAUACAGAACAUACAUGUAUAUUGUUGCUGUGUAUUUGCUGUAGUUGCUGUGUAUCAAGCAUACAUGUAUGUGUACAAAUGCAAAACUGUGUAAAAUUUCCUUUGGGUAACAGUGGGCUCCUGGAGCUUUGAGGCAGGGUUAGCCAGGAAGGAAAGCAGGAAUAUAGCCCUGUUUGUAAAGGCUGGUCCCUGGGCUGCUCCCUGGGCUGCUCGUCCCAUUUUCUAGUUUGCUCAGGCCAGUGUAGAAAGUUUAGCCUUUCAGAAUGCCAAUCUAGCCUUCCUUGUGAAACCAUCUAAAAAAACCCCAUCAGACUGAGCAAAUACUCAUCCCUUCUUUUAAAAGUGAUUGUUACUAAUCACCAGCUACUCUUCUCCAGAAUACAUUUGAGAUCAUUAGAAGAAUCUUUUUUUUUUUCAAUUUUUCCAGAAGAAUUAUGUACUAAUCGUUCCCAAAGAUGAAGAAUGUAAGGAACCCAUGAUAAAAUCAUCAUCAUCAUCAUGUGAGGGGUAUCUUCCACUACUCAGUUUUAAAACAUAAAGUCCAGUCAGUACUUGAACAAAUUAUUGCUCAAUGUUGGAGACCUCAAAAACAAACAUAGAUUGUUCUCUUCUAAGCAAAUUAGUCAAGAAAUAAGCUAAACCGUGAUGUCAUCUGUCAGCUACCAGUAUCUUGCACCCCCUCAGUCCUACUUCAGACUAAUUCAAAGAGGUAACACUGUCUCUGGAUACCCAUCAUGUGGAACAUCUUAUUCCAGUGAGCCCCAAAUACUCCUUUGCCACCUCCACAAAGCUACAGGGAUGAAAUAAACACUUCGAACUGCCUUCAUUCCUUUCUCUGAACCUGAACCUAGAGGGUUCUUAUAGGGAACAAAAAAAAAUUGAAUUCCAUGAUUAAAUAUUUUGUAAGUGCUCAGACACUGUGCUAAUGGGGGAACAAGUACUAGGGAGAUGACUCCACAGGAAGACAAAGUGCUUUAGGGUGCUUUUGGCAGCUGCAAAAACCAAGAAAGCUAGCUUUUAAAUAGUUUCCACUACACUAAGAUGUCUCCCUCCAACUAUCACGUCCCAGCCCAUCAAGGUCCUACAGUUAUUGUUUUAGGACCCUACAGGGCCAAAAAAAAAUUAUCUGUAUCUUCCCCUCCAAGACACUUCUUUAGGACAAAGCAGAAUUGCAUUCCUUCAGAUGCCUUUUGUUCAAAUUCUGGAUUUAAUGGACAAUGCCUUUGAGAUUUGCUUUAUUAUUUAUAUCUUAGAAAAAAGAGUUGUUGUUUGGGGGUGUUUAUUUUCAUUUUGAAUUCUGACUUGUUCAGAGUUUUCUCAGUAGUCUAUUUUACACUUUUGCUUGCGUGGGUUGUUUUCUAAUCAUUUGUUGUUUGUCAUAUCAAUACUUUUUGAAAAAUAAAUUGGUCCAACUCUAGCAGUGUAA